GUGUGUGUGUGUGUGUGUGUGUGUGUGUGUGUGUGUGUGUGUGUGUGUGAGGAGGAGAGCAGCGAGGUGCGAGGCGAGCCCCCGUCUUGUCCACGGCAGACGACGCAGCAAGUGGCCGGAGAAGAGUCGACAUGAGCGGCCACUUCGACGAGGACGUCCGCGAGCGGGCCGAAAGGAAGGGCAGCAAGUCCCCCACCCUGCUCUCCUCCUACUGCAUCGACAGCAUUCUGGGCCGCCGGAGCCCGUGCAGGCUCCGGCUCACGAGCGCCCUGCCCAGCAGGGGCGAGCUUGACAAGGCGCCCGAGGGGUCGACCAAAGAGCUUUCUCUGCGCGCGGACCUGCACCUGCCCCCGAAGCUCCGCCGCCUGUACGGCUCCGGUGGCAAAUACCUCCAGGAGCAGGCAGACAACCUGCACGAACGCGAGCGGCUCCUCCUGGAAGGGGCCGCCGAGAGCCUCAAGAUCAUCCAGGCGCCGCAGGUGAGCAUCAGCCGCAGCAAGUCGUACCGGGAGAACGCGGCCCUGAGUCGGCCCGAGAGCGACCGCAGCCCCGGGGAGGGCUCAGAGGACGGUGGCCCUGCGGCGGCGGCCCCGGUGGAACUCGGCGCGUUGAAGUUCGACGAGGACGCGGUGAAGACGGAGGACGACGCGGCUGCUAGUCCGUCUCCCAAAGACGAGGAGAGGGAGAGCUUGAACACCGGGGAUGGGGACGUGAGGGACGGGGAGGACAGCGUGUGUCUGUCGGCGGGCAGUGACUCGGAGGAGGGGAUGAUGAAGCGCAAGCAGAGACGAUACCGGACUACCUUCACCAGUUACCAGCUGGAGGAGCUGGAGAGGGCUUUCCAAAAGACGCACUACCCCGACGUCUUCACCAGGGAAGAGCUCGCCAUGCGUUUGGAUCUGACCGAAGCCCGAGUGCAAGUGUGGUUUCAGAACCGAAGGGCCAAGUGGAGGAAGCGCGAAAAGGCGGGUGUGCAGGGCCACGCGGCAGGCCUGCCCUUCCCCGGCCCUCUGGCGGCAGGCCACCCUCUCAGCCACUACCUGGAGGGAGGACCCUUCCCGCCCCACCCGCACCCCGCCCUCGAGUCGGCAUGGACAGCCGCCGCUGCCGCCGCCUUCCCCGGCUUGGCCCCGCCGCACCACAAUGGCUCCGCGCCACCACUCGCCACCCCACUCGGCUUGGGCACUUUUCUGGGCACAGCCGCCAUGUUUCGCCACCCGGCUUUCAUCGGACCCACUUUUGGCAGGCUCUUCUCCAGUAUGGCUCCUCUGACCAGUGCUUCCACCGCUGCGGCGCUCCUGCGCCAGCCCGCCCCCCCUGUUGACGGCUCCCACGCGGGCCCCAUCCUGGCGGACCCGACCUCUUCUUCCAGCCCCUCAUCCUCAGCUGCAGCGGACCGCCGGGCCUCAAGUAUCGCCGCCCUGCGCCUCAAGGCCAAGGAACAUUCAGCCCAGCUCACCCAGAUCAACAUCCUGCCCCCCGGCGCGACCGGGAAGGAGGUGUGCUGAACAAUUCAAGGCCCCACGCCCCCACACUCCCGUUCUACCAUACCUGCCUACAACGAUCCUCCCAUAAAAGAGAAAAGCCACAUGAAACGUUGGAGCCCUUUUACCUCCCAACAAAGUAGCACGACCAAAAUCAUACAAACACUGACUAAAAACAGAUGAGACUGAGCAUGGGUGACACAUUUUCACACUCUGGCCACAACAAUCUAAUGAGAUCCAAAACCACAAGUGUAUCAGAAAAAAAUAAUCCUUACAAAGAUGUACAGUGUCACAAAUGUGAUAAUUUAAUAUUGUUUGUAAAAAAUACCCUACUAAUAGUUCGGCUACCAAUCAGGUACACGGUGAAAAUGGAGACCUGACAUUUGCGGUAGUUUUCCAAGCCCAUGCACAUUGUUGCAUUUGUAAAAUACUAGCCAUCCAUCCAUUUUAUGGGCCGCUUAUCCUCACAAGGGUCACAGGAGUGCCGUAGGUACUGAACUGGUUGCCAUAUAAUCGCAGGGCUUUUAGAAACAAGCAACCGUUUGCAUUCACAGUCAUAACUACGGGAAAUUUAGGGCCUCCAGUUAAUGUACGUUUUUGGGAUGUGGGAGGAAAUCGGAGUGCCCAGUCAAAACCCACGCAGGCACGGGGAGAACAUGCACACUCCACAGAGGUGGGUCCGGGAUUUGAACGCCAGUUCCCAGAACUGUGAGGCAGACGCUCCUCCAUUAUGCCCGUAAAAUACUUAUUAAAAGGAAAAUAGAUGCAUAAAAUUAUUCACUCGAUAAUCUUUAUAAUUUUGUACUGUCUGGUCAUACAUAUUGGUUUAACACAACACCACUGUAACAUUACACUAUACUUCGACACCAGGGAAAUUACAACUUCAAUAAUAAACACAUUACAUGCAUUCCUGACAGUAUCAAUAAAAAUUAAGAAUUUUCUUAACAAAGCCUAUUUAUAAACAGCUCUUGUGCUGGAUUUAGAUUGUGGAGAUACCGUAUUGUUCUGGUCAAGACUUUACUUCAACCAGGGGAGAGGAACCUCGGCGCCGUGGGCCAUAUACAUGAUUGAGCCUGGCAUGCACUUUUUCAAACAAUUCGUUCGCUAAGUGCCAACGCAGAUUUUCAUCAAUUUAGCAUGGCCCACAGAGGACUUAAGGUUCCCCACUAUUGAGUUAAAGGGACAGUUUGCAGUUUCCAAACUGCUGGCAAAUUUGAAUAUAGCAUCAUUCCCCUUGCCAGAUCAUGUCCCCCAGCAGUUAUGCGGAAAAGAAACGCCCAGCUCACAAAACUUGGAAACAAGGUUAAAAAAACAUCCAGUCAGGGACGGGUGUAUCGAGCUCCCCUGACCACCUCAGAGUCCACCUCGGUCAGCCGUGAGUGUACAACCUUACUGUGCAAGCCAAGAGUAUUGCCAAACACAAAAUGAUACCGCCGUGAUGGUGUAUUUGUGGGAAUGUAUAACCGAUUACAAAUAUAAGAGGUGAUCAAAUUCCAUGAUGACCCAGUGAGAAUGGAGACGUGAGUGUUUUGCAAGGCUUCCAUGGCUUGUUCAUUUGUAAAAUAGUAAUUAAAAUUAACUUACAGGCAUAAAAUGGGCCCAGAACGUUAAGUUUUUCAACAGAUAAUUUUAAUAAUAUUCUAGAGUCAGGUCAUACGUUUUAACAUAUAUGACUCUUCCAAAAAAAAGUACUGCACAGGCCCUGGUGAAAAAUUGCAAAUGAUGUAAAAAAUAUACCUGUAGUAGAUGAGAUGUAACAAACAUGAAGCAUGAAUUUCAAAUGACAUUACAAAGUUUAACACACACAAAGGGUUGCUGUGCUACUGUAAUUACAUGAACGAAUGCAUCGAUGAGGGUUGGGCCAGCCCCACCUCCCUGGCGACCCGCCCCCACCCGCUCUCCAGCCACCCAACCAAAACCAAAGGAAAACAGUCCACAGAUCUGACUUGAGCAGUCCUCCUUCUCCCGGCUGCUCACCUGUCCUCAGGUCACAUACGCCGCCCAAUCGGACCUCAGGACACGCGAGCCCAGCUGGGACGUCUCUGACUGUGUGACGGAAAGCUGUAAAUAUUGUGUAAAGAGGGACGACAAAAUACUGUACAACAACCCUAAUGAUCCAUUUUAAAAACAGACGCUUGUGUCUAUUUCAGGAGGACAUGUGUUUUGAUAAUUUGCACUCGGUGUAGUGUGUGAUGAAUGUUGCCCUGUGUAGAACUCCAUUUGUGUUUUAUGAAUUAUUAGAGUUUUUAGUUCACUAUUUAUGUUCAAACAUCACCCCUAAGAAAUGAGAAGUCUAAUCUGAA